AUGACCACAAGAAAGUCAAAGACCGAACCUCUGCUACCAAGAACUGACGACCCAGAAGCCAUUCUCAGAGCCAGCAACGCCGAAAAGCGACGUCGCGAGCGAAUAGCCGCCCAAUUGACUCAAACAGCUGUACACGUCCCUCUACCGAACUCACCGCCUCCGGCGAUUGCGCAACUCCCAGAAGCGCCUACAACCGAGUAUCAACGUCCUCCAACAUCACCAACUAUUGUCACUACCAAAACAAAGAAAUCACACCUCCCUCACUUCCUUGGAUACCGCGAACAAGACCCUGCAGCCUCACCAACAGAAUCAAUGGCCUCUUCCAAAUCUAAGGAUACCGCAGGCGGAAUUCCAGAAGAUAUGUCAACAAACGACUGCAUCCGAGCCUUGAUGGCUAUGCAACAGACCACCUUAAUGCAGCUUCAGGCAUCACAAAAGCAAGCAGAAGCAGAGAGAGAAGCAAGUGCGGCGAGGAUAGCAAGACUCGAAGAGAUUGCUAUCAACUCGGCAGUGAAAACCGAGUCAACUCCACCACCAUUACAACCCGCACAUGGACGUAUAGACUUACAACGAUUUAAGAUUUCUGAUGGGCCGGUCUAUCGGGGCCCCUUUCAUGCCGUCGAACCUUUUCUACAGUGGAUUCAUAGUCUUCAAAUCUUCUUCACUUCCAAGGAAGUAGAGCACGCCAACGAUAAGAUUAGAUUAGUUGGUGGCCUCUUGGCCGAAACCAAUCUACUAUCAUUCUACGCCAACGAAGCAACCAAAUACACAGGCAAACCGUGGACUGACUUUAAAAAUCGGCUCAUGACCUUUGCCCUUCCGCCCGACUGGCGUACGGGUAUCAAGAGGAGCAUCCGACAACUCAAGAUGCAAGAGUCUCAAAGCUUUCUAGAAUUCAGCACACAAGCACGUACCUUACAAUCGAUGCUAAACUUUGAUGAUGAAGACGCUUUUGGCGAAUUUGAAUUGGCCGAAUACGUUACUUUUGGCUUGUCAGAUGAGCUCCAAGGAAAAGUAUCCGACUUCCGACUACUCUGCAUUAAACCAUUUGAUUAUGGUGACUUUGAAGAACGUGUUGCGGGAUUUUUUGAGCAUUUACCCAAGCGUUCUAGUGGAAGACCACGUCCGGUGACUGGGGCCUCGCAAGACCGCAGCACCUCCCCGCAAUCAUCCUCCCUUUGGAGACUACACUCUUACUUGGACUCACUAGGUCGCUGUCACUUCUGCAAGAAAAACUGUGGCAGCAAGAAUGGAGCCUGCCCGGGACAAAUCAACAAAUCCUAUGUAGAAAUCCCUUCAUCAUUCAAGACCCCUCCUAAACCGGCUGAUUAUAAACCCCCCAAAGCAACAACCAGUCAAAACACUACUGCCGGAAAACCAACCCACCAGCCAGAUGGCCGACCAUCGCAGCGAGCAGCUAACGUAGCAGGAGUAGAAGAGAUCAACUACUUCCCCGAGCUUAGCACAGCAGCAGUUUCAGCUAUUGCAGCUCUUGACGAACACUUACUAGGACUUGAAGCUUCCGACACUGCGGACAACAUUCAACCAGCGCAGGUAGAUGGAAUCACACUUGAGGACCUUGGACCGGAAGAACUACAGUUGCGGAUGGCAAAAACCGACCCUGCCCCUUCCGCAAAAAAGUGCCAACUUUGA